AUGGAAGAAGGGGAGGACAGUCCAACUCUUCCGCCUAGUAUGUUUUGUGUUGUUGAGAAGCAAGCCUCCUUGGAUAGCGCUAGUAAAGUGUUCAAGAUUUGUGGUAAAUCAUUUCGUCAAGCAUCUACUCUUUGUCGCCAUAAAAUUAUCCACACCGAGCUGAAACCGCACACGUGCAACACUUGCGGAAAAAGUUUUAAUCGGUCUUCAACACUUAACACUCAUAUUCGAAUCCACAUAGGUAUGAAGCCGUACAUAUGCGACAUAUGCGGAAAGAGUUUCCAUCAAAAUGGCAACUACAGAAAUCAUCGUAUGACGCAUGAUGAAGAGAAACGGUACCAGUGCCAGAUAUGCAAAAAAGGUUUCCAUCAGCCGUACAACCUCGCCUUCCACAUGCACACUCACACAAAGGAAAAACCAUUCCAAUGUUCAGCCUGUGGCAAAGGAUUUUGCCGCAAUUUCGAUUUGAAAAAACACGCGAAGAGAAUUCAUACAUUGCUUUGA